GCCUCAAGAUGGACAACAUUUAUGAGGAUGAAAGUGACAUUUCUUUCACUGUAAAGUUUGUUGGCCGGGUUGAGGUGGUCCGCCCUUCUGGAUUUGAAAUCCUGGAGGAAGCUGCUAGAAGCCUAAAGGUGCCUGAUAAAUUCAACUCAGAAAAGGCAGCAAAGAGGAGCAAAGUCAACAUCUUCUUGACGCUGAGUGGGAUUGACAUUUUGGAAAACAAAACAAAGUUUCUCCUGUACUCAUGUCCUCUCUCCACGGUCUCCUUCUGCGCCGUCCUGCGCUCUUCACCCAAAGUCUUUGGCUUUAUAGCUCAGCAUCCUGCAGCAGACAUGUACCACUGCUAUCUGUUCCAGAGUCAGAAGUUUGCUCCUGUGCUUGUCUCUCUUAUCGGUGAUGCUUUUCGAGCCACAAAAAAGGAACACAAUGUCAGAGCCGGGCGAGAUCUCGUUGUGGAGGCACUCAGACACAAGAAUAAAGUGCUGCAGAGAGAGAACGAAGAGCUGAAGAGGAGGGUUGCACGACCUCAUAUCUAUGAGGCUAUGUAACAGCAGUCAGACACACCUGUGCACUGUGGAUUAAAACAGGUGAAGUAAUUUAGAUGGUUUUAUAGCUAUAGAUAAGAGAAAGCAUGUGAAUGACAAACUACAUACAAAAUACUUGCAGAAUAAUAAAAAGAUAAAACUAGAUUUAAAUUUGAAAUUAUUUCUGAUAAUACAAAGAAUUCAAAUAUGAGGGUAUGAUCAUAGUUUUCAGCCUUGGAUUUGACCCUAAUGUUCAUUUUUUUCAUUUAGCAAAAGGUUUACGAUUGUACUAGAAGGACCUAACUGAAAUGCUUUCAAGGGAUGUUUCUCAAAUCCGUCCGCAAAUAAGCAUUUUAAAAUAUUUGAUCAAAGAUUUCAAUGGCUUGAUUUUUUUAUUAUAUGCUCACACAUGUAAGAGAACUGGGAAAAAAUUAAUAUGGCAAUUACAAAACUAGAUGGUAAUAUUUGCAUUGA